ACGCGCAUAACAACGGUGUAACAUAACAACAAAGUCAUCAAUUGUUAUCAAGUUUUUUUAAGUUUUCAUUUUUAUCAUUUUAACCAAAAGUUAUUUUAUCACACACACAAAAAUGUAUAAGUUGGAUCUUCCGGUGGACUAUAAGGAGGCGGCGGCAAUAGAGCGCCGUCGGAAUAUGGAAGAGCAACGAAAAUCGAGAAUUUUUAAUGCUAAAGCGCGAACAAUUGGGGUUGAUAUGCAAGCACUUGAGCAACAAAUAAAAGACAAGAAACAACAGGAAGAUUAUGAAAGGAGAAGAGCAGAUGCAUUUGCUGCUGACUCAAUUAGAAAUGACAAAAUUUCUCAGUUACUGGAGAAACGACAAGAAGCUGAUGUCUUUGAGUUAAAUAGAGCCCUGAAUGAGUUCCGCACACUUCACCAGCAGGCUGACAGCAGACGAGAAUUUGAUCUGUAUGAUCCUGACUACCUGAAAAAAGAUAAGCCUGCUCGUGUUAGUGAUGACGAUCCAAGAUGUGGUAUUUCAAGCAUACAGAAAUUUGAUGGGGAAGAUUUGAACAGCAAAGCUAGGAAUAAGUACCAACAGGAACAAUUAAGAGAAUGGUCACUGGAACAGCAGAGGGAAAGAGAACAGGCCAGAAUAAACCAGGCACAGGCAGAUAGAUUGUACGAAUUGAAGAUGAGAGAAUUGGAUGCACGUGCAAUGGAGCUACAACAGGCAGAAGAGGACUGUCGUCGCAACAUCAACAUGGCAACCACAGAUUAUAAUAAUGCUCUGGCUCGCGAGAGGAACGAAAAGGAAAGAUUACAAAAACAGCAAGAAUUAGACGAUAACAUGACAGAGAUAGCUAACCAUGUGUUUGGAGAUGCACUGACCGAGAAUCCAGCUGUUGCACAGAGUGCAUUUGGACCACACAGAGUCAUCACUGACAGAUGGAAGGGUAUGAGCCCACAACAGCUUGAGGAUAUUCGUAAACAGCAGGAAAAACAAAGACUUGAGAAAGAGCGACUGGCUCAAGAGCAAAAAUUACGCGACCUGGAAUUUGACAGACAGCGUGUUGCAAAUGCACGCGCUGCCACGCUGCUGGAACGUGAAGCGGAACGUAAAAGGGAGGAACUCAACAGACGUAUGGCAGAUGAAAAUCGCAGACUUGCUCAGGAACAGACCUCGCACAAGGAAUUCCUUGACAAAGAAGUUUACACAAAUCCACCAACCGCUUCCUAUUUUAUGCAAUUCAACACAUCUACAAGAUAAAUUUAAUCCUGAAAUUAGACAAUUUUUAUCUGUUUUGUUAUCAGCUUUAUUCUUUUCGUUUGUAUUUUGGUUAAAAAAAAAGUGAUGAAAUAUAUAUAUAUAUAAAUGUG